AUGGCUGCCGUCGACGACGAAGCGUUCUUCGACCACUCGCAAGACCAUCUUUACGACUCGCCCAACUACGUCGGGUCACCAAUGACUGCAGGUUACGACUCUGUCGUAGCGGCAAUCGAAGAAACCAGUGUUAAUGCCAACGAUGCUAUUUUUAUGUUUGUGUGCCACAAGCUUGGUGGCCACCCCAGAGCCAUGGUGCGUGAAUAUACCCUGGCAAAGGGCUUGCCAACGCCCAAGGAACCAGAGCAGCAGUCGGGGAAACGAAUCGCCCAACCGGCUCCUGUGACUGCCAAAGGCUAUUGCGCGACGCUCAACGUGUUGGUUGGCCUGGAAUGCUGGCCUGGCCUUGCUGGGUCCCGGUACCGUCUGCACUUUCUGGGCUCUGAUAUUCCGUCGUCCAUGCUUGUGGGCGAUCGAAUGGACGCGUGGAAAAAUUGUCCGAAGGCGUGGGCUGGGCAUUUCAAGGUGCCAAAGGCCGAUCGACAGUAA